AUGCGCCUACUCGUUGCGUUCGAAGAACAUAAUCGAGUAAUCGACCUGCAAGAGAAGUGUGCCGAGAGUGAACUGAGGCAAGCAAUACGUGAAAAGUUUCCGGAUGUUGACAUUAACUCUACAUUUAUUGAGGUGUUUGACAAGGACUUCGAAGCCUAUGUGGACUACGACUGCGGAGCAGUUCUAGAAGAUAAAGGAAAAAUCCUGUUGGUUCAAAAGAGAAAUCCCCCUGGGAUUGAAGUAGAACCAUCUAGUGUUGUGGUUUCAAACAAUGGCACAGAAGGGGUGCAAUUUGUGCGGUCGGAGUUGGAGUUUGUCCUUCCAGACUUCCCAUUAGACAUUGUUCUUUCAUUAAAAGCCCAGAAAGACAAGGCCUGCCUGACAAAUACACUCAGAAAAAGAAUAAUCCAAUGGAUAUAUCACCUUUUAUGCGAGUACAGUCUUUAUCCUGGAAGGCUCUACGCUGAGGCAGCACGGCAGCUCAUCCUCAAGCAUCCCGACCUUCGGGACAGCAUUGGUACAGGAUAUGACUCCUGGCACCGUUCACUUCGUUUUAAAGCGAAGUAUGAGCGGCGGAAGCUGCAAGGACUUGGGAUUCUUCCCAACAACGGAGCAACGAGCUCCAAGGGGACUACAGCUGUGGCUGAUGUUUCCGACCCUCGCCGUUGCUACAGGACACCGGUGUGUGCACAGUUUGGAGCAUUGGACGUGUCAGAGGAUCGACAUAGCGUCGCUGGCCACGUGAACACCAUGAAAAGAGAGUUGAAGAAACAGGUCCCUGACAAGGAAAUUGUAAACGACGCCAUGGGAAGGACAUUCCAAGCAAGGAGAGAGCUUGUCAGCUCGGCCGCCUCAAUCUCGGACAUCUUGGAGGAUUAUCCGGCCCUUAAGCUCAAACAGCAGAUUUUUUAUGAGUUUGAACGGAUCACAAGCAUCAAUCUGAAGCAACGUUUCUUUGAGAUGGCCUCCGAAAACCUGACAGCAGUUCUUGAACUAACGGAGAACAAGCCAAAGCCCGAUAUUUUUUACAAGACUCUUGAACGGUUGGAUGUUGUUGAGGAAUCCGAGAAACAAGAACUGAACUGUCUGAUCUUCUUCUGUUUGUUUCCACUCCUGCUGAAAGAAACGCACAAUUCCUUCAUCACAUGCGAAACUUGCCCCGCAGUCUAUCCCAUCGCAGUGUGCCCCACGACAUCAACAGAGCGCUGCAGUGUGCUUUUUGAAAACCAGGCCUAUGAGGCAGAGGGCCCUCUGGAAGCUGUAGCACUUUGUUUUUGCCUGGCAUGGGUUUUUGACCUUCAGUACUUCGUUAAGUGUCGUCGUACAUUUGUUUGUUUCGAAAGACUUGCAGGUCUGAAACACUCAAAGCUGGGCUGCAUGGGCACAAGGCUGCUCACUGCCCUGAGUUCAAAAAGAACAUAAAACUAAGGUUUUUUCCUUUCUUUUUUUGGGGGGCUUUU